AUGCAAAUUUUGGGCGAAAUUGGUUUUGCUGUGAUUUUGGCGGCGAUUUUGCCGUUUUUCGUCAGGUAACUGCGGUUUUUUCGCGGGGAAAAUGAUGAAAAUCUAAAAAAUUAUCAUUUUGCAGGUAUUUCUUGUUGCCCUCAUCGAUUUAUCAUGAAUAUCCGUUGAAUGUCAUCUUCAACACGUGUGAUCAUGAUUUGCACAGUGUUUGUAGUUUUCCGGCCGCGAGUUUGGAGUAUGAGAAGGUUUGUGGGGGGCAAAGCUUGAGAGUUUUGCUCGGGGAGCUGGAAAACAUGGUUUUGAAGGUUUCGAAGCGGAUUUUCAUGUUUUUCCCGCUUCGGGAGCUGAAAAUUCAUGAAAUUUGGCUCUGGGAGCUUGAAAACAUCGAGAUUGUGCUCUGUGAGCUAGAAAUGCCUGUUUUUUCGCUUCGGGAGCUGAAAAAUGCUAAAAUUGGGCUCUGGGAGCUAAAUAGUCCUGAAAAUCUGCUCUAAGAGCUAGAAAACUUGAUUUUUCAUGCCUGGAAGCGGAUUUUCAUGUUUUUUCCGCUUCGGGAGCUGAAAAAUGUUGAAGUUUGGCUCUGUGAGCUAGAAAAUCCUGUUUUUUCGUUUUUGGACCUGAAAAAUCAUGAAAUUCUGCUCUGAGAGCUAGAAAGUUCUGAAAAUAUGCUCUGUGAGCUAGAAAACGUGAUUUUUAAUGCCUGGAAGCAAAUUUUCAUGCUUUUUUCGCUUCUGAAGCUGAAAAAUAAUGAAAUCCUGCUCUGAGAGCUAAAAAGUUCUGAAAAUAUGCUCUGUUAGCUGGAAAACAUGAUUUUUCAUGGCUGGAAGCGAAUUUUCAUGCUUUUUUCGCUCCGGGAGCUGAAAAAUGCUCAAAUUUGGUUCUGGGAGCCGGAAAAUCCUGUUUUUCUGCUUCUAGACCUGAAAAAUCAUGAAAUCCUGCUCUGGGAGCUAGAAAAUCAUGAAAUUUCGCUCCUAGAGCUAAAAAUGCUCAAAUAUUUGCUCCAGGGCCUGGAAAAUCAUGAAAUCUUGCUCUGGGAGCUAAAAAAUUAUAGAAAUUUGCUCUGUGAGCUAGAAAAUCAUGUUUUCCUGCUCCUAAACCUGAAAAAUGCUUAAAUUUGGCUCUGUUAGCUGGAAAACAUGAUUUUUCAUGGCUGGAAGCGAAUUUUCAUGCUUUUUUCGCUUUUGAACCUGAAAAAUCAUAAAAUCCUGCUCUGGGAGCUAGAAAAUCAUGUGUUUCAGCUUCAAGAGCCGAAAAAUCAUAGAAAUAAGCUCCAGGGCUUGAAAAAUCAUGGAAUUCUGCUCUGUGAGCUAAAAAAUCAUGAAAUCCUGCUCUGUGAGCUAGAAAAUCAUGUUUUCCUGCUCCUAAACCUGAAAAAUGCUUAAAUUUGGCUCUGUUAGCUAGAAAACAUGAUUUUUCAUGCCUGGAAGUGAAUUUUCAUGCUUUUUUUGCUCCAUGAGCUAAAAAAAUGAUGAAAUUUGGCUCUGUGAGCUGGAAAAUCAUGAAAUUCUGCUCCUAGACCUAAAAAUGCUCGAAAAUGUGCUCCAGAACCUGGAAAAUCAUGGGAAUAUGCUCUGGGAGCUAGAAAUACUCAAAAAUCUGCUAUAUGAGUCAGAAAAUCAUGAAAUUUUGCUCCUAGACCCAAAAAAUGCUGAAAUCCUGCUCUGUGAGCCAGAAAAUCUUGUUUUUUUGCUCCAGGACCCGGAAAAUCAUAGAAAAAUGCUCUGGGAGCUAGAAAAUGAUGAAAUUUGGCUCUGUGAGCCAGAAAAUUAUGUUUUUUUGCUCCUAGACCUAAAAAUGCACAAAAAUUUGCUCCAGGACCCGGAAAAUCAUGAAAAUCUGCUCCAGGACCCGAAAAAUCAUAGAAAUAUGCUCUAGGAGUUAGAAAAUCAUAGAAAUAUGCUCUGUGAUCCAGAAAAUCAUACUAUUUUGCUCUGGGAGUUGAAAAAUCUGUUCUGGGAGCUAGAAAAUCAUGUUUUCCUGCUCUCAAACCUAAAAAAUGCUAAAAUUUGGCUCUGUGAGCUAGAAAAUCCUGAAAAUCUGCUCUGGAAGCUAGAAAACGUGAUUUUUCAUGCUUUUUUCGCUCCAGGACACGAAAAAUCAUAAAAAUCUGCUCUGGGAGCUAGAAAAUCAUGAAAUUCUGCUCCUAGACCAAAAAGUGCUCAAAAAUAUGCUACAGGACCAGGAAAAUGAGCUUUUUUCGGCUCCAGAGCUCAAAAACCACCGAAAUUCCCCCAAUUUCAGAACCACCUGUUCUCUGCCAACAUCUACUACGCUCUAAUCAUCCGUCUCAAAUUCGCCGACAUCGAAACCACCAAACAUCUCGGCCUAUUUCAAAAUUCCAUCGAAAUUCGCGACGAACACGAGAAGCUGCUCAAAAAAUUCACCAAAUCCGCAGUGCUCAAAGAGCCCACGUGGCUCACCAGAGCCACGUGGAUCACCUUCUUCCCACUGUAUUUUUUGGGUGCUUUUCACGAUUAUUCGACACUGGAAGUUGCGCUAACUCAGGAAUAUUUGGAGAUUUUGGAAAAACCGUCGACUAAGCUGAUUUAUACACUUCAUGACAAAUUUGCCAAUGUGAGUAGCUUCAAAAUGACACCAAAUAAGCCCCGCCCCUUUUUGCAAACCUGGCACAGUUUUUUGCGGGCUUCAAAAUGAUACCAAACCGUGCCAGACUUGCAGAAAAGGGGCGGAGCUUAGGUUUCUGAGUAUUUUGACACCAUAUUCGACAUAUUACCUAAGCCACGCCCACAAAACCGUGCCGCAACCUAGAAUCUUGCAUUUGUUAUCAAAAAAUUUCCGGAAAACCUAAGCCACGCCCACAAAACCGUGCCGCAUCCAAAAAUCUUGCAUUUUGUCUCAGAAAAUCCCUAGAAACCUAAGCCACGCCCACAAAACCAUACCGCAUCCAAAAAAUCUUGCAUUUUGUCUCGAAACCCCACUAGAAACCUAAGCCACGCCCACAAAACCGUGCCGCAACCAAAAAUAUUGCAUUUUGUUUCGAAAAAUCCCUGGAAACCUAAGCCACGCCCACAAAACCGUGCCGCAACCAAAAAUCUUGCAUUUUGACCCAAAAAAUCCCGAUUUUUUGCAGAUCGAAGAAGCCCAGCUACGAAUUAUCGCCAAAUUCGGCCUUAUCCGAAAUUUCCUGUAUUAUUGGCCAAUUUCCUCCACACUCUUCAUGUUUUUCACGAUUUUGAUCUCAAUUUUGUGCGCAAUCGGUGUCAAAUAUGCUUAUCUACAUUAUUUUGCCCAAAAACCGCAGGAAAAUGGGGAAAUUUUGGAUGGUCCCGUGAAAAACCAUGAAAAACCCGUGAAAAUUGAGAAAUCCGUGAAGAAGGAGCCGAAAAUCGAGGUUGAGGUGGAUGAUUUUUGAGUGCGGCACGGUUUUGGGGGCGUGGCCUAGGUUUCCAGGGAGUUUUAGAGCCGAAAUGCAAGAUUUUUAACUGCGGCAUGGUUUUGUGGGCGUGGCUUAGGUUUCUAGGGGUUUUUUGAGCCAAAAUGCAAGAUUUUUGGUUGCGGCACGGUUUUGUGGGCGGGGCUUAGGUUUUCCGGGAUUUUUUGAGCCAAAAUGCAAGAUUUUUGAGUGCGGCAUGGUUUUGUGGGCGUGGCCUAGGUUUUUAUGACAAAAUGCAAGAUUUUUGACUGCGGCACGGUUUUGGGGGCGUGGCUUAGGUUUUCCGGGGAUUUUCGAGCCAAAAUGCACGAUUUCUAGUUGCGGCAUGGUUUUGGGGGCGUGGCUUAGGUUUCUAGGGAUUUUUCAAGACAAAAAUGCAAAAUUUUUGGAUGCGGCAUGGUUUUGGGGGCGUGGCUUAGGUUUCCAGGGAUUUUUCGAGCCAAAAAUGCAAGAUUUUUGAGUGCGGCAUGGUUUUGUGGGCGUGGCCUAGGUUUUUAUGACAAAAUGCAAGAUUUUUGAGUGCGGCACGGUUUUGGGGGCGUGGCUUAGGUUUCCCGGGGUUUUUUGAGCCAAAAUGCAAGGUUUUUGAAUGCGGCAUGGUUUUGUGGGCGUGGCUUAUGUUAUUUGAGCUCAAAAUGAUCAGAAACCUAAGCUCCGCCCCUUUCUGCAAGUCUGGCACGGUUUGGUAUCAUUUUGAAGCCCGGAAAAUUCCUCAAAAAGUGUGCCAGGUUUGCAAAAUGGGCGUGGCUUAUUUGGACUCAAAAUGAAGCUGCCGCACGCUUUUGUGGGCGUGGCCUAAUAUUUUCAAAUUUCAGGGUUUCUCCGCCGACGAAUUCCAGCCGGAAACAUUUGGCGAAUCGCCAAAAAACGAAAUUCUACACGACACCCUGCGAAAACGCAAAUAA